AUGAUAUCAGCAGUUACAAAGAGUCAAGCCAUCAAAAGAGUGUCGUGUUCGCCCGCAUUCCGCGUCGCCAGACGUGGUCUUGCGAGUGCAGCUGAGACAAAGGAAGCGGAUGAUGUAGUUGAAAUCGUGCUUCCAGAGACAUCUUUCGAGGGCUAUAUGUUGGAGGUACCAGAGCUCACAUACAAGACUACCAAGACCAACUUGUUGCAGAUGUACAAGGAUAUGAUCAUUACAAGACGGAUGGAAAUGGCGUGUGACGCGUUGUACAAGGCCAAGAAGAUUCGUGGGUUCUGUCACUUGACCGUGGGCCAGGAGGCCAUUGCAGUCGGAAUUGAGAACGCCAUCACCAAGAGAGACACUGUUAUCACGUCGUACAGAUGUCACUCGUUCACGUACAUGAGGGGCGCGCCCGUCAAGGCGGUGCUCGCGGAGUUGAUGGGUAGACGUUCUGGUGUUUCGUACGGUAAAGGUGGUUCUAUGCACUUGUACGCUCCAAACUUCUUUGGUGGUAACGGUAUCGUUGGUGCGCAGGUCCCUCUGGGUACCGGUCUAGCUUUUGCCCACCAGUAUAAGAACGAAGAUGCGUGUGCGUUUACCUUGUAUGGUGAUGGUGCGUCCAACCAGGGCCAAGUUUUUGAAUCUUUCAACAUGGCCAAGUUGUGGAACUUGCCUGCCGUUUUCUGUUGUGAAAACAACAAGUAUGGUAUGGGUACUGCUGCCGCGAGAUCCUCCGCCAUGACUGAGUACUUCAAGCGUGGUCAGUAUAUCCCAGGUCUAAAGGUCAACGGUAUGGACAUUUUGGCUGUGUACCAGGCUUCCAAAUUUGCCAAGGACUGGACUGUGUCCGGUAACGGCCCCAUUGUCUUGGAAUAUGAGACUUACAGAUACGGUGGUCACUCCAUGUCAGACCCAGGUACCACCUACAGAACCAGAGACGAAGUCCAACACAUGAGAUCUAAGAAUGACCCUAUUGCUGGUCUAAAGAUGCACUUAUUGGAACUGGGCAUUGCCUCCGAAGACGAAAUCAAAGCCUACGACAAGGCCGCAAGAAAGUACGUUGACGAGCAAGUUGAGAUGGCUGACGCUUCACCUCCACCGGAAGCCAAGAUGUCCAUCUUGUUCGAAGACGUCUACGUUCCAGGCAGCGAAACACCUACCUUGAGAGGUAGAGUCUCCGACGACACCUGGGAUUUCAGAAAGAAUGACUUUGCUAUCAAUAAUUGA